AUGCAGGAUAGCAAGGACACUAUUGGGCGGUCGAAUGUGUACGACAACGCACCGGUCAUGGACCAAGCCAGAGAAGAUGAUCGACAAGCGAGGAGUGCCGAGGAACAGGAAGACUCCUUCGAAUUCUACAACGACGUGGAUGCCACGUUUCAGCACGUACGCAAAGGGAGCAGCUCCUCUUCUAGCUCCUUCGCACGACAAGAUACGGUCUCUUACCCCGCCAGCCAGUUUCUCGGGCGGAACAAGACGCAGUUUCACCCGGGACCCGACGCCCCGGUGUACGACCAACCCCACAUGUAUCAAAUGUAAAAAUGUCUGGGUCUGGACGAAUGCAACUUGUCAUGAUAAAUCUGAAGCAUGAAAAAAUCUGUGUUGCAUGAUUACCAAAAGUCGUCCAGUUUUGACCAAGUCGGGAGGGAUUUUCUCAUGCAGGAUAGGCUGGCAUGAGAGAGAUCGCACAGAAUCUGUCAUGCUGUGUCCUGCAUUCCAGACCUCAUGGGUCAUGGAAAAUCUGCAUGACAAGUUUACAAUUUUCCAGACCAAGACACUUUUGCAGUGCAUAGGUUGGGUUGUGGCACCACGCGGAGAUGGAGUUGAAGCCGGGGCAGGAGUCUAGCCAAUUCUCAUAGGAUUGCGCAUGACAGGUUCCGGAGCAUCAAACCCCACUACAAUCUGGCGAAAUUUGUAUUGCAGAAAGUGGAACGCUCUGCGAGUCUGUCAUGCUCAUCAUGCAAGACAAAUCUCAGAUUCUAUUGUAUCGGAUGUGAUUUCCGCGACCGAUGGGUUGUUUAUGGCCAUGAAGCAGUGUACCUCGAUUCAGCUACAGGUUUGCGUGGACCGGAAUGCAUUGUCGUAUUAUAUAUGAUGACGAUGGAACAAGACGAAAGAAGCCGGCUCGUUCCUGCGUCUGGCACAGCAACGCGCGGAACGACUAUCAAAUGGAAAAAUGUCUGGGUCUGGAAGAAUGCAACCUGUCACGCUAAAUCUGAAGCAUGCAAAAAUCUGUGUUGCAUGAGUGCCAAAAGCUGUCCACUUUCGACCAAGUUGGGAGGGAGUUUCUCAUGCAGGAUAGGCAUGAGAGAGACCUCACAGACUCUGUCAUCCUAGGUCCCGCAUUCCAGACCUCAAGGGUCAUGGAAAAUCUGCAUGACAAGUUUACACUCUUCCAGACCCAGACACUUUUACAAUCCAUAACGACAAAACGUACACCAUUUCCGAGCGGUUUGAGGUGGAUUCUGAUUCUUGGUGGCCAUCUGCGCGUGCGGGCAAGGGUAGUUCGGCCGAGCUUGAAGUUGUUGGAUCAUGAGAAACAUGUGAUAAUGAACGAACUCCUUGCGAAGAAAGCGAUUUGAUGUUUAGCUUAGCCCGCCUUCGUACAGAGAGAAAUGUCCUGUUCUUGAAGCGCUGUUUUUCAUCAUAAAAAUGAAAAUUAUGAACUCCCUAGUAAAUAAUCUGCAGCCGAAGGGAGAACGCGAAGAACACAACUUACAUGACAAAGUUUUUUACCUCUUGGUGGAGGUCACAAGAGCAU